UCUCUCUUUUCUUCUCCGUUUGACCCCAUCUUUCCCUCCUUUUUAUUUCAGAUCACUCACCCUCCCACCACAUCAAUCCCCAGUCCACUGCAGCGAUAAUGUCACUCUCCUUCUUCGCCUUCGCCUUCAUCGCCGCCACCGCCGCCGCCGCCUCCUCCCCCUCCUCCUCCUCCUUCUCUACACCGUACCCCUACGGUUUUUCUUACCACAUUGACUGUGGUAGUCCCACCAACACCAGUGACCCCUUCAAUACCACCUGGCUCUCCGACCGCUUCUUCACCGGCGGCGCCUCCUCUGUCGUAUCCGAGCCACUCCGAUUCCACUACCCCUACGAGAAGACCCUUCGCUUCUUUCCCGUCUCUCAUGGCAAGAAGAACUGCUACAUCCUCCCUUCUCUGCCCUCCGGUCGGUACUUUCUCCGCACGUUCGUCGUUUACGACAACUACGAUGGCAAGUCUCACACUCCUUCUUUUGAUGUCGCCGUCGAGGGCACCGUUGUCUUCAGCUGGCGCUCCCCCUGGCCAGAAUCCAUAGCUGCAGGGGGUGCGUAUUCUGAUCUGUUUGCCUAUGUCACAGACGGUGAGGCUGAUGUUUGCUUUUACAGCUUGGCCACUGAUCCUCCGGUAAUCUCUUCUCUCGAACUCCUACAUGUCGAUCCUUUGUCUUACGAUUCGACGAGCACUGGAAAUAAGCAUGUUCUCGUCAAUUACGGGAGGUUAUCUUGCGGGACUGAUCAAUGGGGUCCUGGAUUCAGCAAUGACACUGAUCUCUUUGGUCGGUCAUGGCAGUCCGAUUCCGAAUUCCGAUCAAAUUUUGGUGCAUCGAGUCACCGCAACCGUGACGGUGUUAGAGCUGUAUCCACGAGGAACACCAUAAGCGGAACUGAACAGAAGCCCAAUUAUUUUCCGAUGAAGUUGUACCAGGCGGCGGUGACGGUUGGGGGAGAAGAUGGUGUGUUGGAGUACAAUUUGAAUGUGGAUGCGAAGUUAGAUUACUUGGUAUGGUUGCAUUUUGCGGAAAUUGAUUCGAGUGUGAAGAAGGCCGGGGAGAGGGUGUUCGAUGUGUUGAUCAAUGGCAAGAAUGUUACUAGAGUUGACAUAUACAAGCAGGUGGGAAGCUUUGCUGCCUUUACUUGGCAUUAUAUAAUGAGGAAUUUGAGCAGCAGUGUGUUGACUGUGAAGCUUGUGGCUGCAGUAGGUGCCCCUCUGAUUAGUGGGCUUGAAAAUUAUGCUUUGGUACCCAUUGAUCCUUCAACCAUGCAGCAACAAGUAAUCGCCAUGAAGGCAUUGAAAGAGUCACUUCGUGUUCCUGAUAGAAUGGGUUGGAAUGGUGAUCCUUGUGCUCCUACUAAUUGGGAUGCUUGGGAGGGUGUCACCUGCCGCAUUAAUAAGAAUCAUGCCGCCCUCGUGAUAAGUGAAAUAGAUCUUGGCAGUCAAGGCUUAAAAGGGUAUAUAAGUGACCAGAUUAGUCUUUUGACAGACUUGGUAAGCCUGAACUUAAGUUCUAAUUCUCUGCGGGGUUCCAUACCUUCUGGGUUCGGGCAAAAAUCCCUGAUACGCGUGGAUUUGUCCAACAAUGAGUUAACAGGUUCCAUACCAGACAGUUUAGCCUCUUCAAGUUUGCAGCUUGUGCUAUUGAAUGAUAACUUUUUGGAAGGACAAGUGCCAGAAGGACUUUAUUCAAUUGGUGUGCAUGGGGGAGCUUUUGAUCUCUCUGGCAACAAAGGUUUGUGUGGUGUGCCAUCUCUGCCAGCAUGUCCUUUGUUGUGGAAGAAUGGAAGACUAUCUACUUGGGGCAAGAUUGCAAUAGGCUUGUCAUGCCUUUUUGUUUUCUGUGCGGUACUGGUGCUGGUAUAUAUUUAUGUCAGGAGGAGAAGGAACGAAUAUGAUUUUGGUCUUCCCCAUGAAUUGAUGUCAUUAGCCGGCAAGAGAAGCCGAUAUCAAAGACACAAAUCCUUGAUGCAUCUUGAGAUGGAGAGCCAACAUGCCAGGGGUUUACAUACACCAUAUACUUCACAGUAACCGAGUUUGACUGAACUCAGGAUUUGGAGGUUGAUUCCCAAGACAUUCACCAACAAAGCUUUUACUGAGAGGAAAUUGAAGGUUGCAAAUACACCAAUCAAUGCUGAGCGACGUUGAUGUGACAUCACUGCCUAACUUUAUAGAGAGCAAAAGAACGGCUUCCUGAGGUUUGGCUUUUCUCCUACAGCUUUUUAUGUCGUCAGGGAUUGUGGAAGCCACUUGUUGCGAUGCUGUGUUACACAUUGUUUGCCACACCAUCACAGACACAAGCCGCUUUAUCAGUAACCAUACACAAGAAUUUACAGACUUUAAUGAACAGGUGAUAGGAACACUUCGAUUCAAUGCAAGUAAUUUGAACCACGAGUUAGUGUCUGCUUUAGGUUGACAUGUGUCUAUUCUGCUUAACUUAGCACUGUACACUGAUAUUUUCGUGGCCAGAUAACGGUGAGUGGGCUUUGCUGUGCUAUGAACUUUUUAAAGUUCUUUACUUGUAUAUUAUCUGAUUGCAUUGGACGUGCCUGAUUAUUCAUUAAAAGUUUAUUUUAUUACCAAAGAAAAAGUUCUUUA